AUGCGGGAACUAUUAUGCGUUGUAUUUGUUGUUCUUAAUUACAUUUCAUGCAUACAUGCAAAGACAGUAUAUGAUUGUAACUUUGACGACGCAACUUCUGCUAACAACUGUUUCACAUCAACAAUAAAUGUUGCUGCAAAUAUAGGAAAUCCGAAUGCCGUAGUGCCUAAUGGACCUUUAUCAGAUGUGACCUCUAGUUUGAAGCCUACAGAUAGCGGUGAAGCAUGCAAAUUACCUUAUAAAGUCGGCUCAUUUAGUUGGCAGAUGUAUUUUUGUAACAGAGGAUAUUGCCCAACAGAAAAUAAUUCAAAUAGUACAUGUAAACCAGGAAAAUUUAGCUCAGUAUCAUUAAAUGAUAAUAUCAAAAAAUCCUUUCAACUUAAAACGGAAUCUGGCGGAAUUGAUAGUUUAGAUCAGCAAUGUCUUAUUUAUUACUAUUACAUGUCUAGUAUGGCAGGCACGAAAAUUAUCACCGUAACUAAGGAGGAAACAAGUGGAACAAAAGAAAUCAUUGACUCUGUCACAAGUAGUCCAUUCAACGGAUGGAUACAGCGUAAAAUACUCUUCAAAGCUGAAACACGUGGCUAUAAACUCUAUUUUGAAGCACAGAGAACAUCUGGUUUUCAAGUACCGACUGUGGGAUUUGAUGAGAUUUCAAUACGCGAAGGCAGUUGCGAUGAUCAACAUAUAACUUCUGACCCAACAGCGGUAACAUCAGUGCCAAUCCAAAUAACUACGACAACCAUACCAGCUGAGACUUCAACAGUGACUACUACUACCACCACUACAACGCAUGAACCAGUUGACACAUCAGUGACAACAACAUCGACAACAACUACUGCUACAACGCCUGAGACAGCUGAGACAGCAGUAACAGUAACUACUGCUACCACUACAACUUAUGAACCAGUUGAGACAUCAACUACCACAACUACAACGCCUGAACCAGUUGAGACAUCAGUAACAUCAAUAUGCACAACAACUACUUCUACAACGCCUACAACGCCUGAGCCAGCUGAGACAACAAUAGCAGCAAUUACUGCUACCACUACAACUUAUGAACAAGUUGAGACAUCAACAUCAACUACCACCACUACUACUACAACGAGCGAGUCAGUUGAGACAACGACAGAACUGGUACAGACUACGUCAACUACUCAAUUAACAAGUACAACAACUACCACAACUAUGACGUCCAUGAUUGAGAUUUUAACAGCUCAAUCCGCUUCAUCCACUACAACAACAAUCAGCCUUACAUCAUAUGAAACUACUUCUUUAUCAGCGGCAUCGAUUUCAAUGGAAACUACUAGCACCAUUACUAUUCCAUUUACACAAACCAUUACAACGUCUCCUAUUAUUCCUAUAACUAGCAAAUCGACAAUAACAACUACCGCAAUGUCACAAACCACCACAGUAGAGAUCGUUGAAAAUGUUGUCAUUGAUUCGUACAAAAAAAUACUUCCUCGAGAAAAAAGUCACAUAAUCGUUAUGGCCGUAUUGAUUCCUAUUGUUUGGAUAGGAUUCAUUGUUGCUCUUCUUUGGAUGAAGAGGUCAAGUGGUGUAAUUAACGGUAUACUGCACCCAUUUACGAACUGGAGUCAUAGUGGUGAAAGUAAUGAGGGUAGCUAUGAACUUAGUAGUGUAUCGAAUGCUUAA